AUGACGGCCAUGUCGUUGGUGGCAGUCCGAGCAUCCAACGCUGGUCUCCGGGCCUUCCCCAACAUAACUGCCCUUUUUGUUGGUGGUACCAGCGGCAUCGGCCAAAGUACCCUGCGCCAACUGGCAUGUCACGCCGACAGCCCUACAGCCUACAUUAUCGGUCGCAACGAAGCUCGCGCUCGUCCGUUCCUGUCUGAACUGCAACAAUUGAGUUCCAAAGGCCGUUUCCAUUUCAUCGAGGCCGAUGUAUCGCUACUGCGCAAUGUCGAUGCCGCAUGCCGGCCCAUUCUCCAGCAGGAGAAGCAGCUGAACUUUCUUUUUAUGACCCCAGGGGGGAUCUCUCUGGGGGGGCGAAAGGAAACCAUCGAAGGCAUAGACCACCUCUUCGCCCUCCGCUAUUACUCCCGCAUGCGAUUCAUUCAGAACCUCCUCCCACUGCUGGAGUCAUCGUCUGGACCAAGCCGGGUGGUCAGCGUCUACGGCGGCGGCUUCGAGUACUCUAUUGAUACCUCCGACCUCGACCUCAAGCACAACUUCUCUCUGCUCAACGCCUACAGGCACUCCAUUACCAUGACAACCCUAAGCAUGGAACACCUCGCGACCACCCACCCGGCCGUCAGUUUCAUCCACGCCUAUCCUGGUCUGGUUGGCACCAACAUCUACACCAACAGCUUCCCUGCACCAAUUUCGUCAUUUUACAAUUACGGAAUGUGGCCUCUCAUGUGGCCCUUUUCCGUGAAUCUCCGCGAAAGUGGCGACCGCCAUUUGUUCCAUCUGAGCUCCGCACGCUACCCAGCCAAGCAAGGACAUUUGUCCCAAGGAGUCGUGCUGGACACCGGGGAUGUAGCGACGGGCACUAAGGGUGAAACCGGAAGUGGUGCAUAUCUGCUGAAUUGGAAGGGAGAGGUUAGACCCAGCACCAAAGUGAUGGCGCAGUAUCGGGAACAGGGGAUACCUGAGUUGGUUUGGGGUCAUACGGAGGGUUUGAUGGAUGAGUCAGUGCGCCGAUAG